AUGGCUCUAAUCGGUUAUUAUAAUUCCAAUCGAUGUCAUAGUAUGCGAGCUAUGUUUUUGCUAUUCUUCAGUGGCGGUGGCCGCAUUUCGCAUCAACGAUACCAGUGCAAGAAUUCUGUUGAAAUUACUCGGUCAUUCCACUCAUCUACUUCUUUAUGGCAACAUAAUCGUCCUAAACAGCUUAAAAUGGAUAAUCAUACCAAAAUUAGCAUCGAUUCUUCAAAGUAUCCUCUUGCCCGGAAAGAUGAUUCAGUUGUGGAUGAUUUCCAUGGUACUAAGGUUGCAGAUCCUUAUCGAUGGCUGGAAGAUCCGGGUUUGAAUGAAACUAAGGAAUUUAUCAAGCAGUUAAAUUCAAUCUCUCAACCCUUUAUUGCAAGUUCACCUCAUAGAGAAAGACUCCAAAAAAGAUUGACAGAACUCUGGGAUUAUGAGAAAUUUGGUUGUACCACCAAACGAGGUGAUUAUUACUAUUACUACCAUAAUUCGGGAUUGCAGAACCAGAGCGUUUUAUAUCGUCAAAAAACGUUGUUUGGCGAAAGUGAGAUAUUUCUUGAUCCGAACAAGUUCUCCGAAGAUGGUACUACCGCUAUACGUGAUCAGUGUUUCUCUCAUGAUGGUUCUCUAUUAGUAUAUGGUCUUUCAGAAAAAGGCAGUGAUUGGAUGACGUUAAAGUUUAAAAAAGCUGAUGGUACUGAUUUGGACGAUACAGUAGUGGGUGUUAAACAUAGUGAUCUAGAUUGGCUAAUUGAUAACAGCGGAGUUUUCUAUUCGAAAUAUCCCGAACAUAAAAGCGCAUUGGAAGGAUCGUCAACGGAAAAGCAUGAAUUCCAUUCCCUGUAUUUUCAUAAAUUAGGCACACCGCAAAGUGAUGACAUUUUGGUAGCUGAUUUUCGAUCUCAUCCUGAAUAUAUGUGUUCGGGCAGCAUAACAGAAGAUGGUCGUUAUUUAAUUGUUGAUGUUAGUCGAGGUUGUGACCCCUAUAAUAUGCUCUACUACUACGAUCUCCAAAAGGCGCAGCAAAAAAUUACGGAUAAAGUGCACUUAAAGCCACUGUUUGAUAAAUUGGAUGCGAAAUAUGAAUUUAUUGAUAAUAACGAUGAUACAGCUUUAAUCCUAACGAAUCACAAUGCGCCAAUGUUCAAACUAAUAAGGGUGAAAAUGUCAACAGCUAAUGAAGGACCUUCGGCAUGGGAAACAGUAAUCCCUGAAGACAAAAAGAAUAAAUUAGAAUGGGUGGUAAAUGUUGGUGGAAAUCGUUUAGUAGUUUCAUAUAUAGAGGACGUUAAGAACAAGCUUUAUGUGCAUUCACCAAAGACAGGCGAUCGUUUCUAUGAAAUACCAUUGGAAAUUGGAACAAUAUCAGGGUUUUUUGGUCGUAAAGACCAUACAGAAAUGUUUCUACGAUUUGAUUCAUUUCUUACGCCGGGUAUCAUCUACUAUGUUGAUUUCAAAGGCAUACAACCAUCACAUGAAGUCAGGUUGAAGGAAAUUCGGCGAACCCACGUAAAAGGCGUAGAUACAAGCAAAUUCAAAAUAAAACAAGUUUUUUGUAAAAGCAAAGAUGGGACAAAGGUACCACUUUAUAUUGUUCACAACAAAAACUUGAUUCUGAAUGGAGAUACUCCAGCUUUGCUUAAUGGAUAUGGUGGAUUUAAUAUUGCUGAAAUGCCACAUUUCUCUGUUUCACGUAUUUUAUUCCUGGAUAACUUCAAGGGUGUCUUUGCAUUGGCUAAUUUACGUGGUGGAAGUGAAUAUGGUGAAAAGUGGCAUGAAGGUGGGAUGCGAGAACAAAAACAAAAUGUUUUUGAUGAUUUUAUAGCCGCUGCUGAAUAUCUUAUCAAGAACAAUUACACAUCACCAAAAAGAUUAGCUAUACGUGGUGGUUCAAAUGGUGGCUUACUGGUUGGUGCAGUUUCGCAACAACGUCCAGAACUUUUUGGUGCUGUUGUGAAUGAAGUCGGAGUGCUUGAUAUGUUACGGUACCACAAAUUUACUAUUGGUAAUGCAUGGAUACCAGAAUAUGGCAAUCCUGACGAAGCAUCCGAUUUUGAAUACAUUUACAAAUAUUCUCCACUUCACAAUAUUGAAAUUCCGAAUAAAGGCUAUCAGUGGCCAUCUACCAUGCUUAUGACAGCUGAUCAUGAUGACCGUGUAGUACCUUCACAUUCGUUAAAAUAUAUGGCAAGGCUAUACGAAGCUGCUCAAUCAGCAAAUAGCUUCCAGAAAAAGCCGCUCAUCAUACGAGUAGAUGUAAAAGCUGGUCAUGGAGCUGGCAAGCCUACUAGCAAACUUAUUGCCGAAAUUGUGGAUAUGUACUGUUUCUUGCAAAAAGUAUUAGAUCUGAAAUGGUAUGAAGAAUGA